GCGGCGGGAAUGGAUUCCCGGGAGCUGCGGGAGCUGCAGCAGGAGGUGAUGGAGGAGCUGGGGAUGUCCAUGGAGGAGCUCCAGGAGCUCGUGGACAGGGAGCUGGAGAAGUGCGAGGGCGUGAGGGAGAGGAGGAGGGAGCUGGAGGAGCUGGAGAGGUGCGUGAGGGAGAAGGAAGAGGAGGUGGCUUGUGUGGAUCAGCUCUUUGAGGAUGCUUCCAGAGCCAUUGACAAGUGUGAGAGCCUCGUGAAGGACCUGUAUUCCAAACUGGGCCUCCAGUACCGGGAGAGCAGCUCCGAGGAUGAGGAGCUGGCUGCCAAAGCCAUGGAAGUGAUCGAGAUCCCGGAUGAGGACGACGACGAUGUCAUGAGCCUUGAUCCCGGCUGGAAGCACAACACAGGCACUGGGAGCUCCAGAAUCACAAAGGAUCAGACUCUGCUGCAGGAAGCCAUGGCUGCAAUCAGGAAGUCUGCCCAGGAUGUUCAGAAGUUCAUGGAUGCUGUGAGCAAGAAAACAAGUGCCCAGGAUGCCCAGAAAGAUGCACAAAGCCUUCAGGAGAGUCCUGGCUCUGGCCAGCCCGCUGGCUCUGUAGCAUCGGGGGGGGAUCUCAGCCAUGAUGAAGAUCUCAACGUUGGCAUGAGGAUCCUGGGCAAGAAGAGAACCAAAACGUGGCACAAGGGGACUCUGAUCGCCAUCCAGAGAGUGGGUGCUGGCAAGAAGUACAAAGUGAAGUUUGAUAACAAAGGGAAGAGUCUGCUCUCUGGCAAUCACAUUGCUUACGACUAUCACCCUCUGCCUGAGAAGCACUAUGUUGGCAGCAGGGUUGUGGCCAAAUACAAAGAUGGGAACCAGGUCUGGCUCUAUGCUGGUAUUGUGGCCGAGACCCCAAACGUGAAGAACAAGGACAGGUUCCUGAUCUUCUUUGAUGAUGGCUACGCUUCAUAUGUCAAGGAGUGGGAGCUGUACCCAGUCUGCAGACCCUUGAAGAAGACCUGGGAAGACAUUGAGGAUGUUUCCUCUCGGGAUUUCAUCGAGGAGUACAUCACAGCCUACCCCAACCGCCCCAUGGUGCUGCUCAAGAGCGGGCAGCUCAUCAAAACAGAGUGGGAAGGGACCUGGUGGAAAUCCCGAGUGGAAGAAGUGGAUAGCAGCCUGGUCAGGAUCCUUUUCCUGGAUGACAAGCGCUGCGAGUGGAUUUACCGGGGCUCCACACGCCUCGAGCCCAUGUUCAGCAUGAAAGCCUCCACAGCCUCCACCCAGGAAAAGAAGCUAAGUGGACAAGCAAGAACUCGUCCCAAUGUUGGUGCUGUGAGGAGCAAAGGGCCCGUGGUACAAUACACACAGGAUCUAACAGGAGCUGGUACCCAGUACAAGCCUUUAGAGCAGAUGCAGGCAGCCUCACAGGCUCCACGCUCUGCUUCUCCACAGCCUGCAGAGAUGGAGUACUCUGACAGUCAGCUGGCCCAGGCGAGGAAGCAAGUGGCCAAGAAGAGCACUUCCUUCCGUCCCAGCUCUGGGGGUUCUGGGCAGUCUUCCCCUUCUCCCCCUAUCCUCAGUGAUGCACCUCUGGGGGGCAGGACCAAUGCAGCCCAGCAGCAUCGCAGCCAAACAGGCAGCAGCACCCACCAGGCCUUCCACGGCAUGAUGGACCGCGUGCCCAACGAGCCCUCGUACCGAGCCCCGCUGGAGAAGCUCUUCUACCUGCCCCACGUGUGCAGCUACACGUGCCUGUCGCGCGUGCGGCCGCUGCGCAGCGACCAGUACCGCAGCCGGAACCCGCUGCUCAUCCCGCUGCUCUACGACUUCCGACGCAUGACGGCGCGGCGCCGCCUCAACCGCAAGGUGGGCUUCCACGUGCUCUACAAGACCCCGUGCGGGCUCUGCCUGCGGAGCAUGCAGGAGAUCGAGCGGUACCUCUUCGAGACGGAUUGUGACUUCCUCUUCCUGGAGAUGUUCUGCUUGGAUCCCUACGUGCUGGUGGACCGCAAGUUCCAACCUUACAAACCCUACUACUACAUCGCGGACAUUACCAAGGGCAGGGAGGACGUGCCGCUGUCCUGCGUCAAUGAGAUCGAUAACACCCCGCCGCCUCAGGUGGCCUACAGCAAGGAGCGCAUCCCGGGCAAAGGGGUUUACAUCAACACCAGCUGGGAGUUCCUCGUGGGCUGUGACUGCAAAGACGGCUGCAGAGACAAAUCAAAAUGUGCCUGUCACCAGCUGACUGUCCAGGCGACUGGCUGCACCCCAGGAGGACAGAUCAACCCCAACUCUGGAUACCAGCACAAAAGGCUGGAAGAAUGUCUCCCAACAGGAGUUUAUGAGUGCAACAAGAGGUGCAAGUGCAACAUUAACAUGUGCACCAACCGCUUGGUCCAACACGGCCUCCAAGUCCGGCUGCAGUUAUUCAAGACCCAGAACAAAGGCUGGGGCAUUCGCUGCCUCGAUGAUAUUGCUAAAGGCUCCUUUGUCUGCAUCUAUGCAGGGAAGAUCCUCACGGAUGACUUUGCUGACAAAGAGGGGCUGGAGAUGGGGGACGAGUACUUUGCCAACCUGGACCACAUCGAGAGCGUGGAGAACUUCAAGGAGGGCUACGAGAGCGACGCCAAGUGCUCCUCGGACAGCAGCGGCGUGGACCUGAAGGACGACGAGGACGAGAACACGGGCACGGAGGAGCAGGAGGAGUCCAACGAGGACAGCUCUGAUGACAACUUCUGCAAGGACGAGGACUUCAGCACCAGCUCGGUGUGGCGCAGCUACGCCACGCGCCGCCAGACCCGCGGCCAGAAGGAGAACGGGCUCUCGGAGACGGCCUCCAAGGACUCCGGGCCUGCCCGGCAGCUUCAGCCCGACGAGGCCCCUGCGGCUGCCUCCUGCAAGCUCCCGGUGUCGGAGGAGACCUCCAAGAACAAGGUGGUGUCGUGGCUGAGCUCCAACAGCAUGGCCGACGGCUUCCAGGACAAUGACAGCGCCUCCUCCUUCAAGAUGAGUGAAGGAGGGGAAGCCAAGGCCAGCAAAGGGGAGAUCCCAGGGGAAAGGGAGAAAACCUGCACUGCUGCCCCGGGAGAUGUGGAUCAGGAGCUGAAGGCAUCAAAGAAAGAAGAACCUGAGGACGUAGCCAAAAUUCCCGGGCUGGGUGACUUGGGCAGGAUGUAUGGAUACAACCCCAGCCCUCCCAAGCUCGAGGGGAUCCGGAGGCCGACGAGCAGGACGGCGCUGCUGCAGAGCAAGCGGCUUUCCGGCACCCCCCAGCCCAGCACGGAUGUGCCCUCGGGAGCCAGGGGUCCCUUUGGCCAGGACGUGCUGACCGUGUCGAGCAGCACUGAGAGUGAGGGGGAGAACGGCCCCGCAGCAGCAGGGCAGGGCCAGGCCACCACCAACGACAGCGACGACAUCCAGACCAUUUCCUCGGGCUCCGAUGAGGAGGAGGGGGAUGAGAAGAAGAACCCGUCCUCGGGGUCAGGUCCCAUGAAGAGGCAGGUGGCUGUGAAGUCCACCCGGGGCUUUGCCCUCAAGUCAACCCACGGCAUUGCCAUCAAAUCCACCACCAUGGCCGCCGACAAGGGCGAGAGCGCGCCGGUGCGCCGGACCACGCGGCAGUUCUACGACGGCGAGGAGUCCUGCUACAUCAUCGACGCCAAGCUGGAGGGGAACCUGGGCCGCUACCUCAACCAUAGCUGCAGCCCCAACCUCUUCGUGCAGAACGUGUUUGUGGACACCCACGACCUCCGCUUCCCCUGGGUCGCCUUCUUCGCCAGCAAGAGGAUCCGUGCUGGCACGGAGCUGACCUGGGAUUACAACUACGAAGUGGGCAGCGUGGAGGGCAAAGAGCUGCUGUGCUGCUGCGGGGCCAUCGAGUGCCGCGGGCGGCUGCUCUGAGCCCCCCGUGCUCCCUCCCUGCCCUUCCCUUCCCGGUGGCCUCGUCAUUCCCAAGCU